AUGUCUGCGGAACGUGCCGGUAAGACCAUCCUGGCCUCCAGGAUAGCCAAGAAGUAUACGGAUGAGCUCGUUGAGACCACCUCCAAAAUGGUCGAUUCUCCACCAAAACUAGUGGGUCUACUUGGAAACGACGAUCCAGCAGCUGUGACCUAUGCAAGUUUCACUGGCAAGACUUGCAGAUCGCUUGGUUUCGAGUACGAGUUGAGACAGUGCUCCAAAGAGGCUUUGGAAGAGGAAAUCUACAAGGCCAACGAAGACGAUUCCGUUCACGGAAUUCUGGUAUACUUCCCAGUGUUUGGAGAUCGUCAGGAUCAGUAUCUGCAGCAGUGUGUGAGUCUGGAGAAAGAUGUUGAAGGACUCAACUUCAAGUACAUCUCCAACAUGUACCACAAUAUCCGGUUUCUGGACGAGGCGAAAUUGCACAAAUCGCUUUUGCCAUGCACACCACUUGCUAUUGUUAAGAUCCUGGAGUAUCUGGCCGUAUACAAUCCGCUGUUGAACUACGGAGACAGACUCUACGGAAAAACCGUGACCGUUGUGAAUAGGUCUGAGAUUGUGGGAAGGCCGUUGGCGGCUUUAUUGGCGAACGACGGUGCCACGGUAUACUCUGUUGAUAUCAACAAUAUCCAGAGGUUUGAAAGGGGUGAUGGUUUGCAUCUCAAAAAGCACACUGCCGUGGAAGACCCUAUCACUCUGGAGGCCGCUGCCAAACAGUCUGACGUCAUAAUAACGGGUGUUCCUUCGGCAGCAUACAAGUUUCCGACUGAGUUCAUUAAACGUGGUGCUGUUUGUAUCAAUUUUUCCAGCGAGAAGAAUUUCAACGACGACGUCAAGGACCAUGCAAGUCUGUAUGUGCCUUCUAUCGGUAAGGUGACAAUCGCCAUGCUGCUGAGAAACCUGUUAAGGUUAAUGAGUGACAAUGCGAAAAGCGAGUCUACUCAUACUAAAAACUAG